UAGGUAACUGUAAACACGGAAGUGACGUUGCGCCAAUGCUCUGUUUUCAUGUGCUAAAGAAGCAUUCAGUUAGCUAGCUGUUACAAAAAUAUCUAAGAACAUAGUGAUACUUGCCAAUUACAAGUCGUGUCUUUAGUGUUUCGUAACGAGUCCACACUGACACAAUGUAACGGGAAUGUAACUGUACAAAAAUUGCCCGUUUAAACACAUCCCUGUGUCGCAUAAUGCAAGGGAGCUAGUUAGCUAACUACAGUGUUCCAAGCAAGGGAUGGCCGAUAAAAAGGAGAAAACAUUUCAGUUCGUGAUCGUGGGAGGUGGCAUCGCGGGUGUGACAUGUGUUGAGCAGCUGUCAUCUCAGAUUCCGUCAGCUGACGUGGCUCUGAUUACAGCAGGUCCCCAUAUCAAGGCAGUGACCAACUAUAAACAGUUGUCCAAGACACUGGAAGAGUUUGAUGUUGAGGAGCGACCAUCCAGUGUUUUAGAGGAGAAAUGCCCUAACCUGACUGUGAUCCACUCUGCUCUCAAAUCAUUAGACACACAAUCACAUUCUGUUGCAACCACAGAUGGCCAUGUCUUUGGUUAUGAGAAGCUGUGUAUCUGCAGUGGGGGCAGACCCAAGCUCCUGACCCAGGAAAACCCUUAUGUGCUGGGGAUACGGGACACCGACAGCGCCCAGGAGUUUCAGAAGCGGUUAUCCAAAGCAAAGACAAUCGUUGUUGUUGGAAAUGGAGGGAUUGCCCUGGAACUGGUAUUUGAGGUGGAGGGCUGUGAGGUGAUCUGGGCUGUGAAGGACAAAGCCAUAGGAAACACUUUCUUUGACCCCGGCGCGGCACAGUUCCUUAUCCCAUCGCUGGAGGCUAACAAGCCCGAAAGAGCUGCUCCCUGUAAAAGACCUCGCUACACCACCGAGGAGCCAGCACCUGGAGGCUCCCACACCUUCACAGCAGACAGACAUGCCCGAGGGCGCGGUUCUGGUCCGACGGAGACUGGGAGUGCCCUUGGCCCAGACUGGCAUGAAGGAAUAGUUCUUCGAGGAGCAGAACAGGUGUCCCGCAGAGUUUCAGUGGAAUACCAAUGUGAGGUGGAAAGGAUCCUCACCUCAGAGGAGCUGCUCAGUUCCCCGCAGCAAACCCUCAGGCCUGAGAAUGGCGGAUCCUGGCCAGUUUACAUCCAGCUGACCAAUGGCAAAACAUUUGGCUGCGAUUUUGUUGUCAGUGCCACUGGUGUCGUGCCAAACACGGAGCCGUUUCUCCAUGGCAACAAGUUUGUACUGGCAGAUGACGGUGGCCUGCAGGUAGAUGACCACAUGAUGACAUCAGAGCCAGAUGUGUAUGCUGCGGGUGACGUGUGCACUGCAUGCUGGGAACACAGCCCGCUGUGGCAGCAGAUGCGUUUGUGGACGCAGGCCCGUCAGAUGGGCUGGUACGCCGGCCGCUGCAUGGCGGCACACGUCCUCUCGGAACCCAUCGAGCUGGACUUCUGCUUCGAACUCUUCUCACACAUAACCAAGUUCUUCAACUACAAGGUGGUCUUGCUGGGAAAGUUUAAUGGUCAGGGCCUGGAGCCAGACUAUGAGCUGCUGGUACGCUGCACCAAAGGCCAGGAAUAUGUCAAGGUGGUUCUCAGUGGAGGUCGGAUGGUGGGAGCGGUGCUGAUCGGAGAAACGGACCUGGAGGAGACCUUUGAGAACCUGAUCCUCAACCAGAUGGACCUGACCCCGUACGGAGAGGAGCUGCUCAACCCCAACAUUGAUAUAGAGGACUACUUUGAUUGAGCCUGAUAGGGGGUGAUUUAGGGAGCAUUUUGAGCACUGAAAAUUCAGGAAUCACGCGACGUCGAUGACACUGCUGAAGGAAUAUAAAUGUAAUGUGUUGGAUUAUUGUUAUUUUUCUUGGUGAUAAAAUACGAGCGAUGAUCUUGGUUCUUAUUAAUGCACUUCUAUAUUUCAGAAUAUAUUUUUGCUCUCAAAUAAAUUAUUUUCAAAGCCAGGAGGAGAAA